UCAAGAAUCAUCGUGGAGAUCGCUCGAUUUGCAGUUAGCAGUCGCUCACGAGUCACGAGUCACGAGUCCUGAAAGGAGAGCAGUCUGAGUGUUGAGAUCAGCCCUUCGUGGAGCAAUCAGCCAAGUCCUCCUCCACGCUCUCCCUCAUCACGUCAAGCCAGAGCUGACAAGCACACUGCUCGGCCACAUUUCAAUCUGCCGACAUGUCGUUGAAAGUGCCAAAGGCGGGCACGCCCAUCUUCAAGGAUGGCUACAAGAUCUCUCAAGGUAUCGAGGAUGCCGUCUUGAGGAAUAUCGAAGCGGCUUCCGAGCUGAGCGGCAUGCUCAGGACAUCCUUCGGUCCCAAUGGCAAGAACAAGAUCGUCAUUAACCACCUGAGCAGGACAUUCGUCACUUCCGACUCGGCCACCAUCCUUAGAGAAUUGGACGUCGUACAUCCCAUCGGCAAGUUGUUGGUGCUCGCUUCGCAGCAACAGGAAGCCGAGCUGGGAGAUGGCAGCGCACUGGUAGUCAUGCUAGCUGGCGAGCUGCUGCAAAAGGCUGCUCAGCUCAUCACCUUGGGGCUGCAUCCUACCGAAGUGCUCCAAGGCUACGAGCUGGCAAGGGACAAGGCCGUACAAGAGCUUGAAGACCUCUCUGUCGCAUCUUUGACAUCACCGCCCACGGUCGAGUCGCUCGCCCUGGCCAUCCGUCCAGCGCUGGCCUCCAAGCAGUACGGCCAAGAGGACCUGCUGGCGCCGCUCGUUGCACAAGCGGUAUCGCUCGUUUUGCCUCAAGCUCCUUCCGGCACAGGUGCAUCCUCAUCUUCGAGCGCAGCCUUUUUGAAAGACUUUAAUGUCGACAACGUGCGCGUAGUCAAGAUCAUGGGCGGCUCACUCAGCGACUCUAGAGUGGUACGUGGUAUGGUAUUUGGCCGCACACCAGAAGGGGUCGUCCGCAAAGCAGAGGCUGCGAAAGUGGCUGUCUUUACUUGCGGCCUGGACAUCAGCCAGACUGAGACGAAAGGAACGGUACUGCUACACAAUGCCAAGGAGCUCUCGACGUUCAGUCAUGGCGAAGAAAAGUCACUGGAGCUCAUCAUCAGACAGAUUGCAGAUUCUGGCGUAAAGGUGGUCGUCACCGGGUCUACUGUUGGAGAGCUUGCCAUGCACUACUUGAACCGAUUCGGGAUCCUGGUCAUAAAGAUUCUCAGCAAGUUCGAAUUGAGAAGACUCAGCACUCUGCUGGGUGCUACGCCUCUAGCUCGCAUGGGUCCUCCCACUCCCGAGGAGGCAGGUUGGGUGGAUGUGGUGGAGACAACCGAGAUUGGCGGAGACCGAGUGACUGUAUUCAGGCAGGAAGAAGGCAAGGUCGGUGGAAAGGCGAAACCUCGCAUGGCUACAGUGGUCCUACGCGGAGCGACUGCCAACCUGCUGGAUGACGUCGAAAGGGCAGUGGAUGAUGGCGUCAACGUGAUCAAAGCCUUGACAAGGGAUGCCCGGCUAGUGCCAGGUGCGGGCGCGACCGAGGUGGAGCUCUCCAGGCGCGUAACCGAGUUCGGAGAAAAGAUGCCAGGACUGAAUCAGCACGCGAUUCGCAAGUUCGCCGAAGCUUUGGAAGUUGUCCCUCGCACAUUGGCCGAAAACGCGGGUCUGGAUGCUACGGAGACUGUUAGCGCCGUCUUUGCCAAGCACGCCAACAAGGAUAGUGCGGAUGUUGGGAUCGACAUCGAUGGCGAGAAUGAUGGAACAGUUGCUACCACGCCGGCGCAAAUCUUCGAUGUGCUGGCUGCGAAGCACUGGGCCCUCAGGUACGCCACUGGCGCUGCCGUCCAGGUCCUUUCCGUCGACAGCAUCAUCAUGUCCAAGCCUGCCGGCAUCAAGGUGCCACAGCAAAAGGGAUGGGAUGAAGACUAGGCUUUGGUUGUAUGCGGUGCACCUAGCCGACUGCGCGGAGCAGCCACAGAAAAAUUAGCCAAAAUGGAAUGAAUUCAUUUGACGCCAUUUCAACAGCCUUCACCAGUGCGCCCUCCCACUUGCCGGCUGCAUUCACGAUUGUCUUGGCGACGGCGAAAAGCCAAAUCCACGCAGCCAGGCCUGCGCCACCUGACUUGGGCGCCGAUCACGCUGACCGUUGCAAAAGCACGCUAGAAUCGCAGAUGCCCCAUCGUGUGGGCGUGAAGUUCCUGGCCUUACCCCGCAUCUUAUGAGAUCUACAGAGCUGGUCUCUGGUCAAAGCCU